AAUUCAGAAGAUUAAGUCUGAGUAGUUUCAGAUGCAUUGCAAAGAGUGAAAGCGCGAGCAACAGGAUUCGUAUGUAUUUGUUGUAUAUACCAAACUUGGAUCACGCAGUGUGUACUAUCUUGGCUCAUUGACCGCAAGGCCAGGAAGGCAGAACAACAUUUCAAGAGAACACGUAAGGACCAAAAAUUAGUGAAACCUAAAAAUGUUUAAGUUUUCAGUGAUUUUUUUUUGUUUAUUCAGCUUAUCAUUCUGCGAAUUUGAAGAUGCUUUUAAAAAUUGUCAUCCCGAUGUCAGUGGAUUUGAUGCUUGCAUUAGAGAGGGAUUAAAUUCCAUCAGACCAUAUUUUAAAACAGGUGUGCCAAAAUAUAAUAUUAAACCAUUCGAUCCAUUUUUUGCGGAUGAAAUAGUAGUGAAACGAGGUCUCGCCAAUCUUGGUUUUGUUUUGACACUGAGAAAUGUAACAGAAAGUGGUUGGACAACUAGCAAAGUGACUAAAUUUGUCAGUGACCUAUCUAACUAUAAGGUUGUUUAUACACAAAGCUUUCCAGCGAAAUUUUUAUCAGGAUAUUACGAGUUCGAAGGUACUUUACUCGGUCCUAAAGUCGUUAAUAAAGGAAAGUUUACAUUAGAUUUAUAUGACUUGGUUCAAACUACAACAAUCACCAAGAAUCCACUCGAGAAAUUGAAAGUGCAAGUUGAAGUUCAAACUAUUCGUGAUCUGAAAUUACACAUUUCUAAUCUGUUACGUGGAAGAAAUAUAUUGGAAAAUUUUCUUGAUCGAAUAAUAAAUGGUGCUUGGCAACCAGGUUUUGUUGUUACGCGUGGAAUCAUCAAUGAAAUUGUGUCUACUGCGUUUACUGAAAUAUUUGGUCAAGCAUUUCAAAACUUUCCAUUUGAUAAAGUAAUCAAGAAAAAAGCCAAAUAAUUUUUAAAAAGUGACAGUUUAAUUUUUUUUUUAGUUAAAAGUAGACGUUGAAUGAUAAAAUAUUGACUAAAAUCAAUAGUUUAUCAUUCAGAACAAUUCUUCGUGUGCCUUUCAUAUGAUUUUUUGUAAUUAAUUUAUCACUUGAGUAGAUUUGUACAUUUGUUAAGUAAUGUGUAUUGUAAAAAGAAGUGAUCUCAUUAAGUGAUCAAAUAAUGUACAUACAUA